AUGUCUCUAUUCACAAAGCGCGCUGUGGCCGGCAGUAGCCGCGCCCUGUCGUCGAUCAACAAGUCUGCCCUUGUGGCCGCACGCGCAUCUCGAGCCUACUCUACGCCCGUUGAGAGCGCCGGUGUGUCGUUCGGACUGAGCGAAGACCAGGAGGCCUACCGCGAUUUGGCACGCAAGUUUGCCCGCGAGGAGAUCAUCCCCAACGCGCGUCACCACGACCAGACCAUGGAGUACCCUACCGAGAUUCUCAAGAAGGGUUGGGAAGUUGGUCUUCUCAACACGCACAUUCCUGAAGAAUACGGUGGACCCGGUCUGGGCCUUAUGGAGUGCGCACUGAUCUCUGAAGAGCUCGCUUUCGGUUGCUCCGGCAUUCAAACCGCUAUGGAGGCCAACGGUCUUGCCGAAGCCCCGCUGCUCGUCUCGGCAUCUCACGAGAUCAAGCAGAAGUACCUCGGUCGCAUGACCGAAGAGCCCUUGAUGGCCGCUUACUGUGUCACCGAGCCAGGUGCAGGUUCGGACGUGGCCAACAUUGCCACCAAGGCCGAAAAGCAGGGUGACAAGUGGGUCAUCAACGGUAGCAAGAUGUGGAUCACCAACGGCGGAAAAGCUAACUGGUACUUUGUACUCGCCAAGACCGAUCCCAGUGCCAAGGCUGCCAAGUCGAUGACUGGUUUUGUCGUGGAUGCUGACACGCCCGGUAUCAUUGUGGGCAAGAAGGAGAUCAACAUGGGUCAACGAUGUUCGGACACGCGCCAGAUUACGUUUGAAAACGUCGUGGUUCCGGAGGAGAACAUUCUGGGCAAGCCCGGUGAUGGGUUCAAGACUGCCAUGGGUGCGUUUGACAUUACUCGUCCGUUGGUGGCUGCUGGUGCGGUUGGAUUGGCCCAACGUGCGCUGCACGAAGCCGCCAUCUACGCGCAGGACCGAAAGACGAUGGGUAAAGCGAUUAUCGACCACCAGGCGAUCGCCUUCCUGCUCGCCGACAUGCAGAUGAACGUCGAAGCCGCCCGAAACCUCGUGUGGAAAGCCAGCUGGGCCAAGGACCAAGGUCAGCGUAACUCGUUCUGGGCUUCCAUGGCCAAGUGCCGAGCAGGCGAAGCUGCAAACUUCAACGCUGACGCUGCAGUACAGAUCUUCGGUGGCUUGGGCUUCAACACCGAGAGCCCCGUCGAGAAGCUCUACCGAGACGCUAGGAUCUUCCGUCUGUACGAAGGAACCGAUCAGAUCCAGCGACUCAUCAUCUCCAGGCACAUCAAGGAGCUCUUCGCACAGUAA